CGCCUUGUUGUGUGUAUUCCUGUGCUCGCAUCGCCAUCUUGUUGCAAUCCGAAUUUUUACGUAUGCGAGGAUCUACUUUCCGUUCGGUCGGAUUAAAAACUGGCCGUUUGCUCUCAGGAGAAUCUCUGGGCACGGGGAUCUCGGGCUUGCGGGUGUGAACCGUGCACACGGCGCUUCCUACCGGGACACUGCGUGCCCCUCCUCGGUCUUUUUCCUCCUUCCGUCCCGGGCCACCGGGUCGCCAGCCGUGAGGGUUUUACGCGCAAUGAGCAUCGAUACACUUUUGGAGGCGGCCAGAUACCUGGAAUGGCAAGCCCAACAACAACAGAUCACACGUGAGGAGGAGCAACGCAAAGAGAAGCAGCUCAUCAACAGGGAGGCAGAGUCGAUGCGCGUGGAACUUGUGACCUCGUUGUCUCAGCCAAUCAGAGCCAAUCAUGUCACUUGGGGAAAUGACACUCACCGCCAACAGCCAUAUCACCACCCUGCCCCCGCCCCCUCUCUCCCAUCUACCCAAGUCCCCAUCACAGUCAUACCAAUGGUCCCAGUUGUCACUAAGACACACUCGGCCCCACCCAUUAAUUUCACAGCGCAGAUUGCAACGCCGCUCAAUGGCUCGCCACCAGCCAGAAACGUUUCCUUUCCUCCGCAGCAGCAGCAGCAGCAGCAGCAUAACUCCUCUCCUCACUUGUUGUGCCCACCCCAGAUAAAAUUAGAGACUAGUCCACAGUUGAAAGUAGAGACCAGUCCUCUGACAAAGGUAGAGACAAGUCCCCUGAUUAAGGUAGAGACUUGUCCCCAGAUAAAGGUGGAAUCUAGUCCCCUGAUAAAGGUGGAGAGUAGUCCGCAGAUGAUUGGUGUAAAGCCCAGUCAAUCACAACCUCAGCUUCAGAUUCAGUACACAACCUCCAUCAGCACUAAUGGCUCCGGCUCUCAACAUGCACUGGUUCCCCAUCAAUCUCCACCUUCAUCUCAAUCACGGUCUAAUGGAGUAAUGGAGGACAUGAGGGGGCUGGAAGGGAAGAGGAGACCAGGAGGAGCUGGGACCAGAGAGGUGCACAACAAACUGGAGAAGAACAGGCCCUUCAGGCGAGCGCACCUCAAAGAGUGUUUCGAGACGCUGAAGAAGAACGUUCCAAAUGUUGACGAGAAGAAAACCUCCAAUCUCAGCGUGCUCCGAAGCGCUUUGCGCUACAUACAGACUCUGAAGCGUAAGGAGAAGGAAUACGAGCACGAGAUGGAGCGUUUGGCAAGGGAGAAGAUUGCAACGCAGCAGCGGCUGGCCGAGCUGAAGAACGAGCUCAGUCAGUGCAUUGAUGUCAUCGAGAUCGACCGAGUGCUCCGACAGACCAUCCAGCCCGAGGACGACCAGGCCUCCACGUCCACCGCCUCAGAAGGAGAAGACAACUUCGAGCAGGACAUUGAAGAUGAUGUCCCAGCUCCUCCUGCUCCCACCUCCCUCUCCAAACCUCCCGUCAUACAAGCCCAGCAGCUGCUCACCUCUCACCUGUCGAUCCAGCACGCCACCCUACCUCUCGGGGUCCUCACCACGUCCUCCCCCUCCGCUCCCCCUCAAGCCAUCGCUCCAGCCCCAGGUCCGCCCCCUCCACAGCUAGUGCAUCCUAUCCAGCAGGUCCAGCCCACCGUUAUCGCUCAUGCCGCCGUCUCCCACCCGUCAGUCAUUCAGGCUGUCAAUCACGGCCUGCCGUCAAAUCUCAAGCACCUAACGCACAUCGCCCCGUCCCCCGGCCCCAUGUCCUCGAUGGCUCAGACAAUCGCUGGAGCUCCAGGUUCCGCCGCUCACCAGCCACUAACCGCGCAGCCAAUCGGACACAUCACCGUCCAUCCCGUGGCUCACUUGCAAUCCCACCUCCCGACUCUUUACCCCCAGGGGGUGUCCGUCUCCCAGCCCACCAUGGUGGGACACAUCACCCACACCUUCACCCACCACACCCUGCCGCACGUCCAGGCUAACCCUCAAGCUAACACUAACGGAGCCCAUAUGAACAACACAGCCGUCAUCAGCCAGGGGAGCCAGUCGAUAGGGAAACCCACAGCAGUGCUGGCCCCCCACCCCCAGCUGGUUGGACAGACUGCGGUCCUCAACCCUGUCACCAUGGUUACAGUCCCAACCUUUCCUGUCAGCACGCUUAAACUGGCCUGAAGAUGAACAAAAAAAAAGUGGGAAAGAUUUUGAACUGAACUUCCGGAUGAAUUCUCACACUCCUGUCAAUAAUCACUAGCAGAGAAUCUCUGACGAAACAUUCACCAGGGAAACAUAUGUUUUCUGGACAUGUGAUGAAUAUCUCCAGAGAUAUUUCAGCCUCAGCUCGUUAGUUUGUGAACAUUGAAGCAGAGCUGAUGGCCAUUGUUCGUGAAGAUAAGACUGUGACAUUUAUCUGCGCUGCAAAGAGAGGAACUCUGUUUGACCUUCCUUUACACCAGAAGCACUAACGUUAUAAGCUCACACUCAGGCAUGUAAGAUUUACCUUUACCAUUCAUCCACUCAUUGAGGGAAAACGCACGAGAGAGAGAUUUGUUGUUGCCGUGGUGAUACAGUAUGUGCUUGUUUUUGUAUUCACAUAAUCAUGAUGUGACACAUGACAUGGACACAUCCAAUCUGCAAUUACAAAUAGAGAGACCAAAAGAAACAACUUCAUCAUCUCUAUAUGGGAUUUCUGUUCAGAUCAUGUGAGCAAGGGUCCCAUUCAACAGUGGACUUAUUUUGUCCACUUCCGCUUAUGGCUCUCGGUAUGGAGCGGGACUCUAAAACAGUGGAAUGUUUAAAGAUUGUAAUGUGAGACUAGAUAUCGUCUUAUCUGUUGGAUAUCACAAUAUCGCACAAGUAUCUUUUCCUGGUUUAGGCUGCAUUACUGUGAGACGGUUUCUUUUGUACAAACCAAAAAAGAAGCAUCCAACGACACUUUAAGGGGAAGACGAAGGUUAUAGAUAACUUGGUUUGCUUAACAUACACAAGCCUCUGUGUAAGUGGCCUUGUGGAGAAGUCUAGAGACAACAUGACCUUUGCCUGUUAGUUAUUGAAGAUUUUAUUUCCUUGUAGGAAGUACACCAAACAACACAUUUAAAGGUAGAGCAAGUUGUAAAAGAUAAGCAGUCAUAAAGUCGGAGAAAGACUUCAGCCUAAUGCCGUCGUAUCAAGGUAGCAAAUUCCAAUUUGUCCCUCAGAGAAAGGCUUGGCCAUAAAUAAAUGGCAUGUUAUUAAACCAAUCAAGUCCUGUAAUAGACUGUCUGGACGUCAAACUGAACAAACAUCUAUUUUAUUACAAAUACCUGAAAUUUGUGUGUUUAGUUCAAUGUCAAAGAUGGGAAAGACCCCGUAAAACUGCUCUCGAAACAUUCAGUGACAGGUUUCCUAUUCAGGGCUACGCAGGUUUUCACCCUCUUCACUCUAAAGCAACAGCUCCCCCUGCUGCCUCAUACUGAUGCUACACACACCCCGAGAGCCAGAAUGAGAGACACGCACACACACAAACACAACACUGGGGGCACAAUGCAAAGGUAAUGCACAUGCUUUAAAAUGUGUAAAAACAAAGAGACUGAGUGUAAAAUUAUUUUUGGCCUUUUAUCACAAAAUCUUUACUAAAGUGGAUGAAGAAAGAAAUUUGGAAAUGAUUGUUUAAGUGCGAGAAGAGAUAACACUUUAAUGCCAUUCUGUGAAGGAUAAUUUGGCCGAAAUAUUACCCUUUUUUGACAACAAAUGAUAUCGAACACGAAGCCAAAUCCUCUGCUCCAGUCCAUAAAUAAUGUACUGUGACACCCACUUUUCUUUGUGUAUGUCUAUGUAUGUGAAUGUGCACAUUCAAAAUGGCUUCACAGCCUUCUUGCCAGCCUAUGUCACACCAUGAAAUCCCCCGUCAGCGUAUGUGGUCACUGUCCUCCUCUGCUGUGUGUUAUGUCUGUAUAUGUAACUGUAUUCAAUAUGUUUUAUACUCUGUACUAUAGUUAAUCCUACUGUACCUGUAGCAUGGCUGUUUUUUUGGUUCUGCAGUUUGCCCCGUGCAUGAUGGAGCGUGUGUGUGUGCGCGUGUAGCAAGCAAGCUAUUUUUUUACACAGAGGUGAUUUAUGGGAUGAGUCUGUUUGGGUGCUAUCGUGUGUGUGCCUUAACUCAGUUUUACUGAACACUGUGACAACUCCGGCAAAACACGAACACAAUGAGCGAAUGGAAGAGACAAAAAAUUGCUGUCAUGAUUGGAUUUUUUAAAGUUCUUAAGUUUUCCAUUUUAUGAGAAGAACUGAGACAUGGAGUGGAAGAAGUAAAUAAGAAAAAGAAAAAAAUAUGCUCUUUUCUGGAUAACACAAAGUCUAAUAUUUGAGUUGUGUAAUAUUUGUAUGUAUGUAUGAAAGUUUUGUAAAUUUGUGAUUGUAUGCACGUUCUGGCAUAUGAGUGUAUGUAUCUUAACAUUUUAAAUGCUUGUUUCUUUUUGGUUUUGUUUGCAUGUAGAUUGCGUUCAGUUUCUUUUGUAUAAACGUUUUGUUUGUUGUUUAUUUUUGGGACCAUGUACAAUACUGUAUAACGUGGGCAGGAUCUUGGACCUCAUGCUACAUUGAUAUUAUAUAUGAAUAUAAAAACAUGUUUUCCCUAUGGAGAAAAUUUUAAGUUAUAUAUCGCCUGUACACUUUGGGCUGCCUUUUAGAUCUAACUGUCCACUGUUAAAGAUAACAAUGAUGAUAAUGGAUAAAACAUAUUAAUGAUGAAGAAUUAUGCUGAUUAAAUAAUAAAGAUUCUUAAUAAAUCUUAUUACAUUUACAACA